AUGGUGAAGCCUACUUCUUUGAUUGUCAAGGCGUUUGAUGGUUCUCGUAGAGCUGUGAUUGGAGAAGUGGAACUUCCAAUUCUGAUUGGUCCGCAUGUUUUCAAUAUCACUUUCCAAGUCAUGGAUAUCAAUCCCAAUUACAGCUGUCUACUUGGAAGACCUUGGAUCCAUGCUGUUGGGGCCGUGACUUCUACCUUGCACCAAAAGAUGAAGUUUGUAGUUGAUGAUAAGCUGGUGAUUAUUCACGGCGAGGAGGAUUUAAUGGUCAGUAAUUUAUCUUCGUUCCGUUAUAUUGAGGCCGAUGAAGACGCGUUGGAAACUUCUUUCCAAGCACUUGAGAUCGCCAAUGCUGUGUUAGUGGAGGUCGAAGAGACUGUGGAAGGCCAGAGUAAUCCAUCUUUUGCAUCCUUAAAGAGUACCAGAUCAACAAUUGACAGGGGCAUUCCUGAAGGUUGGGGAGAGAUAAUCAACGUCAAGACCAAAACUGAUCGCCACGGGUUGGGUUACAGACCAACUCAUGAUAAAGCUUCUACAAAUGUCGAAGGGCGUCCGAAGUUUUUUCAAGAAGUUUUUGUCAGCAGAGGUUCCCAAGUCAAUGCCAUCAGUGACUAUGAUGAAGACGAAGAUCUGAGUAACCUGGUAUUCAAGAGCGAUGCAGCUUUGAGCAACUGGGGGGCUAUAGAGAUUCCUAUUAUUUUUCCCGUUUCGAAUGACAUUACAACCCUUGUUGAAUCCAAUGACUCUAUCGUCUCUCCUGAUUGGGAUUCACCCAUUUUUCAAGCUGAAGAUGGGGGUGAAGAGGAUUUUGAAGUACCCGCGGAACUGACGAGAUUGGUUGAGUACGAGUACACAAAGCUUCAACCGCACAGGGAGCAGGUAGAUUUGAUUAAUCUCGGCACAGAUGAAGACAAGAAAGAGGUCAAAAUUGGCGCAAUACCUGGGGUCGAGGUCAAGCAGAGAUUGGUCAAGUUGUUGAAGGACUAUGUUGACGUGUUUGCAUGGUCGUAUCAAGAUAUGCCAGGUUUAGACACAGAUAUUGUAGUUCACAAGCUACCGCUUAAGCCAAAAUGUCCUCCUGUCAAACAGAAACUUCGAAGAACGAGACCUGACAUGGCUUUGAAGAUUCGAGAUGAGGUUAAGAAACAGUUGGAUGCGGGUUUCCUUGCAGUUGCGAAGUAUCCUGAUUGGGUUGCCAACAUUGUUCCAGUGCCCAAAAAGGACGGUAAGGUCAGAAUAUGCGUAGACUACAGGGAUCUGAACAAAGCUAGUCCAAAAGACGAUUUCCCAUUGCCUCAUAUUGAUACCCUUGUCGAUAAUACAGCUAGUUUUGCAGUUUUCUCAUUCAUGGAUGGUUUUUCCGGUUAUAACCAGAUCAAGAUGGAUCCCGCCGACAGAGAAAAGACUACAUUCAUCACUCCUUGGGGAACCUUCUGUUAUAAAGUUAUGCCUUUCGAAAUCGAAGCGUAUGUGGAUGAUAUGAUUGCCAAAUCUCAUAACGAAGAGGAACAUUUGGUUCAUCUGUUAAAAUUGUUUGAACGACUCCGGAAAUAUCAGUUGAAACUAAAUCCCGCUAAGUGUAUUUUUGGUGUCAGAUCUGGAAAGCUACUUGGUUUCAUCGUCAGCCAACGAGGAAUCGAGGUAGACCCUGAUAAAGUCCGAGCCAUUCGAGACAUGCCGGCUCCGCAGACCGAAACCCAAGUCAGAGGUUUUCUUGGACGUUUGAACUACAUCUCCUGGUUUAUAUCUAACCUGACUGCUACUUGUGAGCCGAUAUUCAAGUUGCUUUGCAAAGGCCAGACUAUUGAUUGGAAUCCUGACUGUCAGCGGGCGUUUGAAAAGAUCAAGGAUUACUUGCAAAAGCCUCCUAUCUUAAUCUCUCCUGUUCCUGGAAGACCUUUGUUCAUGUACCUGACGGUUCUCGAGAAGUCUAUGGGUUGCGUGCUGGGGCAACACGAUGAGACUGGAAGAAAAGAACAUGCUAUAUACUACUUGAGCAAGAAGUUCACCGAUUGUGAAAACAGAUACCCACUCUUGGAGAAAACUUGUUGUGCGCUAGCAUGGGCUGCUAGGCGUCUCAGGCAAUACAUGAUGUGUCAUACUACCUUGUUGAUUUCGAAGAUGGAUCCAAUAAAGUACAUUUUCGAAAAGCCUGCUCAGACAGGGAGACUUGCUCAUUGGCACAUGUUGUUAUCAGAAUAUGACAUCCAGUACGUACCUCAGAAAGCUAUCAAAGGAAGCAUCUUAUCAGAUUAUCUUGCGGACCAACCGGUCGAAGAUUACGAGCCUCUCAAGUUUGACUUCCCGGACGAAGACAUUAUGUGGGUAAAAGAUUUCGAGAAGCCAGAGCCCGAGGGGGGUCCCGAACCGGGUCUCUGGUGGAAGAUGAUGUUUGAUGGUUCCUCAAAUUACAGUGGGCACGGCAUAGGCGCCGUUUUGAUGAAUCCAAAAGGUGGUUAUACCCCAUUUACAGCAAGGUUAGACUUUGAAUGCACGAACAAUAUCGCCGAAUAUGAAGCAUGCAUCCUUGGCCUUGAAGCAGCUAUUGACCUCCGAAUCAAACUUCUUGAAGUAAGCGGAGAUUCAGCUUUGGUUAUCUAUCAAGUGAAAGGUGAAUGGGAAACCAAGAAUGAGAAGCUAGUCCCUUACAAAGCCUAUAUUGUGGAGUUGAUUAAAUACUUCGAUGAGAUCAAGUUCGAGCAUGUUCCGAGGUCUGAGAAUCAUAUUGCUGACGCCUUAGCCAUGUUAGCAUCCAUGUGA